UGCUGUAAAGAGAGAAAUACUCAGUUUGCUGAAGAUGUAAAAACCAUGACAAUGGUGAAGACUCCUCAAGCAGUUGGUCUUGCAGAGGAGUUGGAGAUGGUGGAUAGCGUCUCAAUGCAGAGAAAGAAAAUGGUUUUAGAAAAGAAAAAUUUCUGCUUACCAAAUGGGCUUUUCUCUUCCUGGUGUAACUCAGGUGUAAUAUCUUUGCUGAAACCUCUUUUGUUGGAUGUCGUCCCAACUAUUCAACAAACUGCUGCUUUGGCUCUUGGGAGACUUGCCAAUUAUAACGAUGACCUGGCAGAGGCAGUCGUGAAGGGAGACAUUCUUCCACAGCUUGUGUGUUCGUUGUCUGAGCAGAAUCGUUUCUACAAGAAAGCAGCUGCAUUUGUGUUAAGAGCAGUUGGUAAACAUUCUCCACAGCUAGCUCAGGCAAUAGUUGAUUGUGGAGCACUGGAAAUGCUUGUGAUUUGCUUGGAAGAUUUUGACCCUGGAGUCAAAGAAGCUGCAUCUUGGGCACUUGGGUAUAUUGCCCGACACAAUUCAGAACUGUCACAAGCUGUGGUGGAUGCAGGAGCUGUUCCUCUUUUAGUGCUCUGUAUCCAGGAGCCAGAAAUUGCUUUGAAAAGGAUUGCUGCUUCAACUCUCAGUGAUAUUUCAAAGCAUUCUCCAGAGUUAGCACAGACAGUAGUGGAUGCAGGAGCUAUCGCUCACUUAGCUCAGAUGAUCCUGAACCCUGAUGCUAAACUGAAGCGUCAGGUGCUGUCAGCUCUAAGCCAAAUAGCAAAGCAUUCAGUGGAUCUUGCAGAGUUGGUGGUUGAAGCAGAAAUUUUCCCAGUUGUGCUCACAUGCCUGAAGGACUCAGAUGAAUAUGUCAAGAAAAAUGGUGCAACUUUAAUUAGAGAGAUAGCAAAGCAUACGCCUGAGCUUUCACAGCUUAUAGUAAAUGCAGGUGGAGUUGCUGCUGUGAUUGAUUGUAUUGGCAGCUGCAGAGGGACUGUCAGACUGCCUGGCAUCAUGAUGCUUGGUUAUGUAGCAGCUCAUUCGGAGAACCUGUCAAUGGCAGUGAUUGUCUCCAAGGGAAUACCACCGCUGUGUGCCUGCUUGAUAGAAGAACAUGAAGAUCAUAUUAAGGCAGCAGCUGCUUGGGCCUUGGGACAGGUUGGAAGACAUACUCCUGAGCACGCACGUGCUGUUGCAGUAGCAAAUGUGCUACCCACAUUGCUUGCCAUGUAUGUGGACACACGCAGUUCAGAAGAUCUUCAAAUGAAAACUAAAAAAGCCUUAAAGACCAUCCUUCAGAAAUGCACCCAUCUUCCAGCACUUGAACCAUUGCUGCAUGAUGCCCCUCCCAAUAUUCUGAAACAUAUUGUUGGGCAAUUCAGUAAGGUGUUACCACAUGACAGUAAAGCACGUCGUCUCUUUGUAACAACUGGUGGACUUAAAAAGGUUCAAGAAAUAAAAGCAGAACCUGGGUCCCUGCUUCAGGAAUAUAUCAACACGAUUAACAAUUGCUAUCCGGAGGAAAUAGUAAGGUAUUAUUCCCCUGGAUAUUCUGAGCUACUUCUGGAAAGGGUGGAAAAUUACCAUCCAGUUUUAUAAACUUCAACUUUUUAUUAGAGCUGUAUCUCACGUUUAUGCCUUUAUGACUGUAAUACAAAUACAGCUGUUGAAACUCUUGUUUGAUUCUGAAAUCUCCUUCUGUUUGAACUACUGAAAGAGUUCAGCGUUUCCAGCAAACUGUAUUUUGUUCUUUAUAAACUUGUUUGUUGCUAA